AUGUCCGAUAGCCUGGUCGUUUCAUCGACUCCGGCAGCACUUAGACUCCAUUGGGAUGUGUUCUUAAGUUUUUGCAGAGCAGACACCCGCCACCAGAGCUUCACCGAACAUCUCUACGAUUCAUUAAACAAACAAGACAUCAGAGUCUUUUCAGAUGACUCAGCUGGAAUGAUUCAGGGAGGCGAGAUUGCUCCACCUAUCAUGGAAGCCAUUGAAGAUUCAGCAUCAUCGAUCAUUAUUCUUUCACCAAGUUAUGCUAAUUCUCAUUGGCGUCUUGAGGAACUGGCUAGAAUAUGUCAGUUGAGGAGGCAGAUCCUGCCUGUGUUCUACCAAGUUGAUCCAUCCCAUGUUAGGAGACAGAACGGUCCUUUCGAGCAAGAUUUUGUGAAUCAUCUUGAGAGAUUUGGAGAGGAUAAGGUGGCCAAGUGGAGAGAAGCUAUGAAUAAAGUUGGUGGUAUUUCUGGUUUGGUUUUUGACACCAGAGAAGAAUAUCAGUUGAUUCUGCGAUUGGUCAAUAGGGUUUUGACAGAAUUGAGACACACCCCAGUGGGUAUAGCUACUUAUACUGUUGGACUUGAUUCCCGCAUAGAAAACUUGAAGAAGAGUUUCAUAGAUGAUAAAUCAAACCGCAUACAAGUUCUCGGGCUUUAUGGAAUGGGCGGGAUUGAGGAAGCAAUUGAUAUUUUGAAGGGCUGUGGCUUUAAGGCUGAGACAGCAAUCACUGCUCUGACAGUAAAAUGUCUCGUUAAGAUCGUUAAGAUCAGUGCAGAUUAUGAAUUAUGGAUGCAUGAUCAACUCAGAGACAUGGGAAGACAAAUUGUUCAACAUGAAGACCUCCUAAAUCCAGGAAGGCGUAGUAGGCUAUGGGAUCGUGGCGAAAUCAUGACAAUUCUGAAGCACAAGAAGAAAUUCCCACCUAUAAACCCUGAGGAGGAAACUGUAUUUAGUAUUAUUGAAGCUGCCAUUGUUGCUGAAUGUACCCUCUAUGGAACAAAACACAUACAAGGCAUAAUACUUGACUUUGAAAAGAAGAAAUAUAUGAAAACUCAAGGAGUUUCUUGGGUUAGAGCACUGAAUCCAUGUCCUAUACUUGCGUACCUGAUUGAAAAGUAUAUGUUACUUCGACAAGAAUCGGAGGAUGGAAAGUUGAUCCUUGACACUGAAGCCUUGAAAUCAAUGGUUAAUCUGAGACUGCUACAAAUCAAUCAUGCAGAAGUGCAAGGGAAUUUCAAAAAUUUUCCUUCUGGCCUGAAGUGGCUUCAGUGGAAAAACUGUCCUUUGAAAAAUCUUCCUUCUGAUUAUGCUCCUCAUGAGCUAGCCGUGCUUGAUCUUUCGGAGAGUGGAAUUGAACGAGUUUGGGGUUGGACCAGUAAUAAGGUGGCUGAGAACUUGAUGGUCAUGAAUCUUCGCCGUUGCUACAAUCUUGUGGCUUGUCCUGAUUUAUCUGGAUUGCUGCCCGAAUCUAUAUUCCGCCUUACAAAACUGGAGAAGCUUAGUUUGAAUGGUUGCCAAUUCAUAAAAAGGCUGCCAAAACUCUUGGGAAACCUGAUUUCUCUGAAGGAACUCUCUCUCAAUCAAUCUGCAGUAGAAGAACUGCCUGAUUCUUUCGGAUCUUUGUCAAACCUUGAGAAACUGAGUUUAAUGUGGUGUGAAUCACUUACUGCGAUUCCUGAAUCCGUUGGCAAUCUCCAGUUAUUGGCCGAAGUUUCCAUCAAUAGCAGUGCAAUCAAGGAAUUGCCUGAUGCAAUUGGUUCUUUACCUUAUUUAAAGAAAUUAUUUGCUGGAGGCUGUCACUCCCUGAACAGACUGCCCAAUACUAUUGGGGGAUUAGCUUCUAUGAGCGAACUUGAGUUAGAUGGGUCACCAAUCUCAGAUCUUCCAGAGCAGAUUGGUGGUUUGAAAAUGAUUGAGAAGCUUUACAUGAGGAAAUGUAAAUCUCUUAGAUCUUUGCCAGAGGCAAUUGGGAGCAUAUUGAAUCUUACAGCCAUAAACUUGUUUGGUUGUAAUAUUAUUGAGUUGCCUGAAUCCAUUGGGAGGCUGGAAAACCUUGUGUGGUUGAGAUUGGGUCAGUGCAAAAAGCUCCACAAGCUUCCAGUUUCUAUAGGAGAGUUGAAGUCUCUCUGCCACUUGCUAAUGGAGAAGACGGCUGUUACAGUACUGCCUGAAAGUUUUGGAAAACUCUCUAGCUUAAUGAUAUUGACAAUGGGAAAAGAGCCACUUGAAUCUCUCAGCACACAAGAGCAGUUAGUUGUCCUCCCAGCUUCCUUCUCAGAACUCUCCUUGCUACAAGAACUAGAUGCUCGUGCUUGGAGAAUAUCAGGUAAAAUUCCGGACGAUUUUGAGAAACUGUCGUCCUUAGAGUUCUUGCAUCUUGGCUACAACAAUUUUAGCAGCCUUCCAUCUAGUUUAUGUGGCCUUUCUCUUCUAAAGAAGCUUUACUUACCCCACUGUGAACAACUUGAGUCUCUUCCUUCGCUUCCCUCAAGUUUAGAAGAAGUGGAUGUUUCCAACUGCUUUGCAUUAGAAACGAUAUCAGAUGUUUCAAAGUUGGGAAGCUUAACAUCGCUGAACAUCACAAAUUGCGAUAAAGUGGGGGAUAUUCCAGGCAUUGAAUUCUCGAAAUCCCUGAAGUGGUUAUAUAUGAGCAAUUGCAAGGCAUGCUCCUUGACAGUGAAGAGAAGACUAUCCAAGGUUUGCUUGAGGAAUAUACGCAACCUAAGCAUGCCUGGGAGCAAAAUUCCAGAUUGGUUUUCUCAAGAAGAUGUAGUUUACUAUUCAGAGCGAAGAAACCGUGAAAUCAAAGCUGUGAUUAUAUGUGUUGUCGUCUCUCUCGAACGUCAGAUACGAGAGGACUUAAGAUAUUCCCCAGUUGUACCAGACAUUCAGGCCAAUGUACUUGAUCAGAAUAGACAUAUUUUCAGCACCGCAUUGUACUUGCAGGGAAUGCCAAAGACUCAUGAAGAUCAAAUCCACUUAUGUCGAUAUUCGCGUUUCAGUCAUUUGGUUUUAAUGUUGAAAGAUGGCUUUAAGAUACAGGUAAGAAAACGAAAUCCACCUGUGAUUGAAAGGGUUGAGCUGAAGAAGUGUGGAAUCCAUCUGGUUUAUGAAGAUGAUGAUGAUUAUGGUGGAAAUGAAGAAUCCUUGGAUGAAAGUCAGCAAUCUGUAUCACUAAAAUUGGAAAAAUUUUUCAAUUCAUAUGAAAGAAGGGAGCCAAGUUUGUUGAAGUUGGAACACAAAUAUUUCGAAGAUCUUUCUUGCAUGGGAACAGGAAAUGAAUGGUGGUCUUACAUUCAGUUUGGAGGAUGCUAG